GAAAAUUCCAUUUGGCCAGUUUGGCUUUCUCCUGUACUUUUUACUGGCCACUACUCUUUUGGGCACUGCUAACAGUGCGAAAUCAUGUGGAUAUCAAAAGGAAUGUGUGCCGCGACAUUUGUGCAAUGAUGGUAAAAUGAUCACAGACGGCAAAUUUAUUAUUCAGUAUCGCGAGAUAUUAAAUUCGUCAGAUAUCGCACUGGGCUGCUACUGGCUUGAGAAAUGCUGCUCGAUCUUUGAUAAGUUAGAGAAUGUGAAGAAGAAAAGUUACUCGUAUCAGGGAUGUGGCUACAGAAAUCCGGAGGGCGUUCAAGUGACAUUGAAAAAUACGAUGAAAAGCGAAUCGCAAUUUGGCGAGUUUCCAUGGAUGGUGAGAAUUCUAGCUUCUCAAUAUCCCGCCGUGAAUUCGAGCGGUGGAAGUCUCUUAUCACCAAAGGUGGUCCUGACCACUGCCCACUAUGUCAUAUGGACGGCGGCUCGGAAUCUAAAAGUCAUAGCUGGGGAAUGGGAUACUAAAAUUGACAUUGAGAUCCUACCGCACGAGGAGCGCGCAGUGGAGAGAAAAAUCGUGCACGACAGUUUCAAUAGAGAAAGUGGCUACUAUGACAUAGCUCUGCUCAUUUUAACCACACCCUUCAAUCUGGCCGAGCACAUUGGCACCAUCUGCUUGCCAUACCCGGCCUUUGAUUUCACCAAUAAGCGCUGUUUCGUCACCGGUUGGGGUAAACGCAACUGGGAGGAUAUGGACUACCCACAUAUUCUUAAGAAAGUCGAUCUGCCAUUUGUGAGUAGAACUGAAUGCCAGAAGCAGCUGCGUAAAACCCGACUAGGUGAAUACUUUAAUCUGCACGAGAGCUUCGUCUGUGCGGGAGGUGAGAAGGACAAUGAUGCCUGUGUUGGUGACGGCGGUGCUCCGCUAGUUUGUCCCAUUGAAAACAAUUCCAACCGAUAUAUGCUGGCCGGUAUGGUAUCCUGGGGCUUACAAUGUGGCACCGAAAAUGUGGCUGGCGUAUAUACCAACAUCCAAUUCCUUCGAGGAUGGAUUGAACAGCAGCUCAGACUUUAUUCAAUUCCCAACUCUUAUUAUACAAUUGACUCACCUUCAAUUAAGUAAAAUGGAUUAAAGCAAAAUAUAUAUUA